AUGUCCUCGCAAAGCCAAAUAAUUCCGGCCCUGGGUCGUCCCUUUCACCUUGGCAUGCUUUACGAUCGCCGUUCAGACCAGCUGAUUAUUGGGAAAACAUUGUGGUCUCUGGAUCAUCUAAGUCAGGCCGUUAACACGAUAACCAAACCAUACACCAACUCAGAAGUCCUUGCCGAAGACACAAUUGACGAUAAAACAAGUGCUCUCAAUAUUGAAGGAAGCAUUAAAUUGAGUUUCCUUUGGGGUUUAGUUAAUGUACAUGGAGCAGCGAAAUACUUAGAUGACAGAAAGGCAUCAAGUCACCAUUCUCGCGUUGUUCUAAAGUAUGAGACAACAACUGAGUUUAAACAGUUGACCAUGGAACAUUUGGGACCUGGAAAGGUGCAGUAUCCAGAGGUGUUUGACCAAGAUAUUGCCACUGAUGUAGUGGUUGGAAUUCUGUAUGGAGCCAAAGCAUUUUUGAUCUUUGACCAGGAAGUUUCCAAAGAUGAAUCCUUGAAAGAGGUGCAUGGAAGUAUGGAGUUACUGGUGAAAUCCUUGCCUGGUAUCUCUACAGACAUAACUGAAGACCAGAAGAAGAAAACAGAGAAAAUGCAUUGCAAGAUGUAUGGAGAUUUCAGAACAGAAGAAAGUCCAACUACUUACGAAGAAGCAGUGAGAGUCUACAAACAGCUACCAUCAUUGAUUGGGGACAAGGGUCAGAACGCAGUUGCUGUCCAAGUAUAUUUACGCCCGCUCAGUGAAAUCGAUUGCAAGAGGCAACGAAUGGUGAGAGAAAUCAGUGCCAAUUAUAUGAGCAAGACAUGCGAGAUUCAAGAGCACAUACAGUGUAUCGAGUCUAAGUGCAGCGAGUUAAUGAGAGAGGAUGUUUGUUCGUCUUUCUCUCGAGUCAAGAAGCAGUUAUCAAGUUUCAAAAGUAAUAUCUCGCGCUACAAGAUCUUUCUCCAGAAGAAGUUGUUGCCUUUGCUUCCCAGCAUAAGAGGAGGCGGAGCAGAAGAAUCAGAACUUGGCGAUAUCUUUGAAGAAAAAGAGCGUUCCCCCUUCGCACAAACUCGCAUUGAUGCUUGGAUCGUGGAAAAAGAGAAAGAGAUGAAGAGAUUGCAAAGUAUUAUCGGUUCCUUGGGAGACACUCCUUUUGUUAGCCCUGAAGAUGUAGAAAAUGAAGCAUUCGACCUAAGCAAUGAGCACGUUGUGUGCUGUACAUUUAAGAUUGGAAAGGAAGACGAUCCUCAGAUUUUGAGUAUGGAUGCCUACCUCACAGGAAAAGUUCUGCCAGAGUUGAAGAGAAAGGCAUCAUCGGGUACUGAUGACAAAAAUGUAAAUAAAAGUAUCCGCCAGACACUAAAACAGUUCUCAGAACUGAAAUCUGCAAAUGAAGAUCACAAAAAAGUGAAAUUUUUCGCCACAGAGGAGUGUCUGUCUGACAAUUUCAGUGGAAACCCGGGAGCCUUCAUCUAUCUGUACGAGGAGGGCGAACUAGAAAAUGAUGGUUUUAAGCUAUCACCAAAGCCAGAAAACCUAGAAGCAAAGAGCGCGCGAGACGAUUCAAUCGAGCUUCGGUGGAAUGAUCCGCACUGGAGCGAGAACAAAAUUAAAAAGUACAAAGUUCAGUGCAAAAAAAAUGAAGCCAACUCCGACUGGAUCACUCAGUGCACACCGUGUGGAAAUGAAGCUAGGAAAACUGCUACCAUAUCUGAUCUUCAACCAGCUACCAGCUAUCUGGUGCGAGUAUGCGCUGUGGGGCAGAUUGCGGUUAGCCAAUACAGUGAUACUUUGUAUGCAACUACCAAACCAACAAGUCCGCCUGGUAAGCCAACCUUCGCAGCUGCAACGACUGACACCAUAACCAUUGCAUUCACCAAACCCAAAAAUAUUGGACAGGGAGUUAAUAUUGAAAAGUACAAGAUUGAAUGGAUCUUCAAUUCCCAACAGAUGGAACAAUUCCUGCACUACACAGAAGAUGCGUCGCUGACUUGCACAAUCAAGGGUCUUCAAGCAGGAGUACCGUACAAUUUCAGCGUUACCGCGAUUUGUGGUAGUAAAGGAGACAGCAACCCCAGUGAUCCUAGUGAUCCACAAAUACCCGUAAUAGCACCGCGGAAAUUUGAUACAAGCUGGAUUGCCCUCAAAAAGGAUCCACUAGAACAAGUGGACUACUUGGAUUUGCUCAUAGAAUCUGAGAAAUCACAAGGAAAACCUGGCUGGAAAGAUCGCGUAAGUGCUUUGCAGAAAACAAGGGAUGAAGCAGUCAAAAUCAUUCGUUUUGGAAAGCCUGGGUUCGAUCCGUGGGAAAAAUAUCGAGAAAAGCGAGAAGACUCGUCAGUUCUUUCAGAAACAAACUGA